AUGGACAUCCCUGCAAUCUCCGACCAACUCUCGCCCGCCCCGCAAGCCUUCCCCGAUUGCUGCCUCGGCCUCUCCAGCACCCUGAUCGCCCAUCUCGCGUCGCGUCUGCCCCCGAGACCCCAGUUCACCCUCUCCGUCGGCUGCGGAUCCGGCCUCCUCGAAGCGCUCCUCGCCCAUCGCCACCCGGAGGUCCCCAUCAGGGGGAUCGAGGUGGCCUCGUCCGUGAACCGGUACAUCGCGGAGCCGGAUCUGGACGUCGUGGGCGGGACCUGGGACCUUCACGCCAGCGCGCCGCACGCCGGAGCCUGGAUGUUUGUCUACCCCCGGGAACCCAAGUUGAUCGCCAAGUACAUCGAGUCCUACGGCGACCAGGGAGCCGUCGAGACCAUCCUGUGGCUGGGCCCCCGGGCCGACUGGGCGGACUACGAGCCGUGCUUUCGCCACUCCUCCUUCUCGGACGUGACGCUCCCGGACGAGGUGGGGUUGAUGCCAUUCGAGAUGCUCGCGAUCAUGAAACGACGCACCGUCUGA